GUGGUGAGGAAGAUCCAGUCAUGCGGCUUACACCUGUUCCUCCUGGUGUUGAGGAGAGAGGAGUAUGAACAGGCAGUGUCUGUUGGUGUGGACAGGCAGACUCUGGCCAAGGCCUCCAAAGGGGGCCGCUGCUCUCGACCCAGACUGUGUCACAUCAGUAGACACCCGGAGCAUGGUCUGGGGAUGGCCACCAACUCAGUGGAAGGUCAGAAGGGCCAGUAUGUUGUGAGCACAGUGACUGAUGGUCCAGCAGAGAGAGCUGGUGUCUGCAAUGGAGACAGACUGAUCUGGAUGAAUGGAGUCAUGGUGUCAACGCUCACACACUCUGUCCUCAGCAGAACUGUGAAAAAGAGUGGGGAAGUGACAGUGCUCGUCGUUGACAGUGAGAGUGAGUGCUGCUACCUCAAGAGAAAGAUGCCCAUCCUGCCUGUGCUGGCAGAGUGCAGCCGCCUCCCACACACUGCCAAGACAAUGUGUCUGGUUAAAGGACGCGAUGGAUACGGCUUCCUGCUGAGACAAGAGAAGCUGGCAGGCACUAAACAGAUAGCUGUUGGAGGGAACAAGUGAUGCUUUCUUGUGAUGGAAAAGAAAAGAACGGGAAUGAGAAAGGCCACAAGCAGACAGAGGAAGACGAAGAGCUCAGGUUUAAAGAACCCAAGAUUUUACAGUACACUGAGGUGAGACAGUUGGAGAGGAAGUUGUUAUUCUUUGCUUUCUUUAUUUUCUUUAGUUUUAAAAUCAGUCACCAAAAUCAGCAUUAUGCUGGGACCAGCAUGUUUUGGACAGUUCUUCAAAUCUAUGAGAUCAGAUGACCCCUGUGACCCCUUCCUGUACUUUCUGAUUUUUUAUUUUUUUUUGUCAAUUAUAAACAAUGGGCAUUAUUUUGUGAGGAAAUGACAUAAACUGUGAAAUAUUUUUAAUAUUUAGCUCCAUAUAUUAAAGCCUAACAUAUAGAAAAAUAGUUUAAAAGUUGUUUAUGGUCUGUGUCUGUAUUCUUUAAUAAUAAAUGUUGUCUGGCGGCAGUGUAUUUAUUUUUGGGGUGUGCAUGAUCCAUGGUCUAUCUUCCAUCAUUUAUCAGUGUAAAUGUAGAGUCAGGGUGAGUCUAUCAGUAUUGAUCCCACCAAUCCCAAGAAAGAUACAGGAUAAUAUCUUUUUAGUAAAAAAAUAUGUGGCAGGAGCAGAUGCAAAACUAAAGAUCAAACUUUUCAUGCUGUGUGGUCUUGUGCUGUGUGUGCCAUGCUUUUUUGCGUCCUGAGAGAGAAGUAUGGACAAGGUUUGGCAUUGUUUAAAUGUCACAUUUAAUGUUUUCACCAUUAUUUUCCAGAUGAAACCUUUUGUGUAAGACCUACCUAGUCCUUAACUUUGAUUUACAGUGCUUG